ACACACAACUGACGCACGAGGUUGUUGACAAAAGUUAGUACACAUAUUUUAUUUCAAUAAAAACACUUUUAAAGGUUUUUAAUUUGAUAAAAAGUAGGCCAACAAUGGGUACACAAUUAUCUGGUUUACUAAAAAAACGUAUAGGUACGGGAUCACAGUUAAUGUUUUUAUCGGUUAUACAUUUUUGAAUAACAAUGCACGUUGUCUUAAUAAUUAUGUCAUUGUCACUGACAGUGACAGCAAGUGAACACAACAUGUUUCAGGGUAUAGAAAGGCGCCCUUUUCAGGAAAAAAUCGUAUUGGAAAAUUUGAUACCCACAUCGAUUAAAACGAAGAAUAUUAACCGACGUCCAGUGUUUCAGAAACUGUGCAAAACAAAUCUUUUGAAGUGUUCACAUAAUCUCGAAAAAGCUACAGAUGAAUUACUGCUCCAAACUGCUAACGGCAUGUACACGCAUUUUGUCGACGCAAUGCAAGAGUACACGAAUUUGGCUUUUAAACUAAUCAAAGUGAGUGAGAUUGAAUACCGACAAUUGGAGACGGGCGAUUUUGUGAAAUUUUUAUCGCUGAAAAAUGCCAAUGGACACUGUGCUUUAGAGUUUUUGUACAGAAGUAACAAGUAUAAUAAACCGUUGUUUAACUUGUAUUUGUUAUUUAGCGAUUUACAAAACGUAUUCAUUUCAUCCUUUGACAAGCCAUACAACAAUGAAAAUCUGUUACGAUUACUUGAAAUGAAAACGAAAAAGUCCAGGCCAACUACAGAACUUGGCAGUUACGAUGAUUUAGUAACAAGUUUAAUUAAUUGCCGAAGAAAUAUCAACGGUUUAUCGUCUUCAGUUUGUGAAAUAUCCAACUGUUGGUUUCACCCUGAAAAUUUGAAAUGGAAGAAGUUGAUGUACCAAGAAAACAAAUGGGCAAACUUAGAUUCAGUUGUUGUUAAAUAUGCGACUAAAAUACGCGAAAAAGAGCUGGGAAAAUCGAAGAUUUCAGAAAAUUGGUACAAAUCGAUUAGAUCUGAAAAUGAAUUUGUAUUAUUAUUGGAAUUCAACAGCCUGAUUGUCAAAGGUGCUCUUCUAACAAUCGCUGAUAAAGCCCUGCAUUUAUUAGAUUAUAUUUUAUAUACUUUCGACGAUUUAGUAAAUAUUUCGCGUACACAUUCAAAUAAUCUCUCCAAAGACACGCAAAAUCAAAUUGUUGACGAUGCAAAGAACUCGGUCUCUGAAUUUUUGAUAGCUGUUCAAACGUUAUUGGAAUUAUUUUUGCAACGACGCGGUAUUCAUGUCAGCUUGGAAGACGAUCCAUUGGUGGAUAUAACUAAGAUUUAUAAAUACACGCUCAAUAAAAUCAGCAAUAUUAGUGGAAAACAAAUAGAAACAAUUAGCAAUACGAGCAAUUACUUAAGAAAAACCAUACCGACCGUAGCUUCAAAACUUGAUAUUAAAAUUAGACGUCAUCAAAUUGUUGAUAUCGAUUUGCUCAAUCGUUUAGCUUUUAUAAGAACAGAGUCAAUUAAACAUGUGCUGUGUAUUAAACAUAUUUUGGAUUAACUAUAGUUCUAACAUUACUUAUAUGUAUCAUUGCAUACACAUUGAAAAUAAUUUCAAUAUAAUUUACGUGACAAAUGUUUGUAUAAUAUCAAAA